UGAUUGAUGUACGGAGACAUUCAAAUGGAUAUCAAUCGUAAUCCAAUGUGUUUGGUUCAUCCCCUAGAGUAGGGUUUUAGUACGUAAAUCUUAGGUUCUCAUAGGACAAUAUGGCGGUACGAGUGUUAGACCCAACAGAGUAUGACAAGUUAGAGAAGGAAUUGGAGACCGCCUUACCAGUUUCUUUGAUUGCCUACACUCACUUCAAAUUGUUGAGGAGAGGAAUACUGACUGAUAAAACAGUCCUGGUAGACAACUGGCCAGAAUUUUCUGCUGUUGUUAUUGUUGAUAGCAAGAAAAAGAAAACAAUAGCGUGGGCAAUCAGUUUCUGUAAAGAUUCAGAUUUUUGUCAAUCUUUGGAAAACUUGCUGCGACAUGCCUCCACAGUGCUAGAAUCACCUUUAGCCACUGCAGGCUGCACCGAGGAAAUGAUGGAUUCCGUGGUCAAAUUAUUCAAAUCUGCAGAAUCCAGUCCAAUUCGAGAUAAAGACGAGAAUGCCUAUGUCUAUAAACUUCCACCUGAUAGGAUUCUUCCUCUAAAAAUGCCUGAUGGCUUCAAGUUAUCCGAAUUACAGGAAGCUCACUUGGAAAAUAUACGCAACUCCUGGCCCCAUAGAGACGACUAUGAACAAUACGCAGACUUGGGACCAUGGAUACGUUAUCACAUAGUUAAUUUACCAACAGUCUGCAUUGAAACAGAAGACGGUCGACCUGUUGCCUGGGAGAUUCAGCAGGAAUAUGGCGGAGUCGGGAUGUUACAUGUCGAACCAGAAUAUAGAAGGCUUAAACUGGGAAGUGUCGUCACAAGGACACUAGCUGAGAAACUGGUAAAGGAUGGACAAUUAGUUUUUGCUUGUGUGGAUGACAAAAAUGACACAUCUUUGACUUUCCAUGAAUAUAAUGGCUACAUACGCUUGCCAUUUAAAUAUUCUUUUGCAGUUUAUCAUUUAUAGUUUAAUUGUUUAUUGUGACAAUAUUUGAACGACAGAUUGAUUUA